GGCGCAUGCGCGUUGCGGGGCUUGUGGCCCGGGUUCGCGGCGCGAGCUCCGCAGCCGGGGAGAAGGGAGCGCGGGCGCGCCGGGCGUCUCUGCUGCGGAGGGGCUGCCAUCCCUUGCAACGGCGCCGGAGCGCCCGUGCGUGGCGGAUUGCGAUUGCAUUCAGCCCCAGAGCUUCGGGCCUUGCAGCAGCAGCCCUCUGGCAAAGGAGCGACGCCCCCAUCGCGGCAUCUCUGCCUCCCCGUUCACCGAUUCCCCCCCGCCAAGCCUCGGAGAGCGCCGAGUUGGAACUGGUGCUCAGCGAUGCAGAGAGCCGGCGCCGAGCAGAACAUAAAACCGAGGACGGCAAGAAGGAGAAAUACUUCCUUUUCUAUGAUGGUGAGACGGUGUCAGGACGGGUCAUCCUCACCCUCAAGCACCCGAACAAGCGGCUGGAGCACCAAGGCAUCAAGGUGGAGUUCAUUGGGCAGAUUGAGCUGUAUUAUGACCGAGGGAACCACCAUGAAUUUGUCUCCCUGGUAAAGGACUUGGCCCGUCCUGGGGAGUUCACCCAGUCGCAGACGUUUGAUUUCGAAUUCACGCAUGUGGAGAAACCAUAUGAGUCCUACACUGGGCAGAAUGUGAAACUAAGGUAUUUCCUUCGGGCCACCAUCAGCCGCAGAUUGAAUGAUGUGGUGAAGGAGAUGGACAUUGUCGUACACACACUUAGCACCUAUCCAGAGCUCAACUCCUCCAUCAAGAUGGAGGUGGGGAUUGAAGACUGCCUUCACAUUGAGUUCGAGUACAACAAAUCCAAGUAUCAUUUAAAAGAUGUGAUUGUUGGGAAGAUCUACUUCCUGCUAGUGAGGAUCAAGAUCAAACACAUGGAAAUUGACAUCAUCAAAAGGGAGACCACGGGGACUGGGCCCAACGUGUACCACGAGAAUGACACAAUAGCAAAAUACGAGAUCAUGGAUGGUGCCCCAGUGAGAGGAGAGUCCAUCCCUAUCAGGCUCUUCCUAGCCGGCUACGAGCUGACGCCAACCAUGAGAGACAUCAAUAAGAAAUUCUCCGUGCGUUAUUAUCUCAACCUGGUGCUGAUCGAUGAGGAAGAGCGACGCUAUUUUAAACAGCAGGAGAUAGUGUUAUGGCGCAAAGGAGACAUUGUGCGGAAAAGCAUGUCGCAUCAGGCGGCUAUUGCAUCACAGAGGUUUGAAGGGACGUCGUCCCAGAUGGAGAGCAGGACGCCGAACCAGUCUGCAGAGAACAAUGGGCGGCAGUGAGACGUUCAUGGAUUGCGCGUUCAGCAGAACGUCCCCCGCCUCGGCCUGGAGACACUGCUAAUGAAGGAGAAUACCGAACGAAUCUUUCAACAGAGACUUGAGAACACAAAUUAUCUGUUGGGUUUUGUGUGUUUCCUUUUUUUCCCCCUUCAUUCCUUCCCCUCCCUGAGGACUAGCAACUUGCAGGAUAGUGAGGGAAUCAGCGCUGGUGACGCUAGCAAUGCCGUCUUCCCUCUGUGUUCAGUAUUGCUCUGGCGUGGCGUGGUCCAAUGCUUUAAGUGUGAGGGGAAUGUGCUAACUGUUCUCACGCAUGAUGCUAAAAGCAGGCAGGCUUGUAUUUCGUAUCUUAAAGUCUCUGUUGGUUUGGAUGGAUAUUUUGAGUAAUUUAGCAUUCAUGUGUGAAAACACCCAGUCUCAGCAUUUCCCCCCAAUUCUGAUAAACGGCCUCAGAACGCUUCUGAUUUAAAACUGGAGGCCCACUUCGUCCUUGCAUUCCUCAGAGGUUUAUUUUUUAAAAAUGUGUGGAACAAUGACUGAGGCAGGGGUGUAAUGAGCAGACUCCUCCAGGGGCAUGUGAUUCUGAUAAGCUCCAAAAUUGGCAGUGAUCAAGUCAGCAUGUCACAUUUGACGCAACGAUUAUCCAGUACCCCAAUGGUAGUGAAUCAUGCAGAGAUGCAGCAGACAGCCUCCUCUGCAGUUGAGCCUGUGUUAAUGCUUACAGCAGCUUGUAUUGAUUUGAUAAGUUCAAUGUACUUAUUGUGGCACCUUAGCCAUUGUCAUGCAGCGUACACUGUUGGGGAGUGGGUUGCCUGAGUCUUUCACGUUUGAUGACAAAGAGGCAAAGCAAAAAAUGGUUACACUCAACAAUGUCAGUGUGUCCUCAGGCUAUCUGGGAGAUUAGUUCAUUUCCGAGGAGGAAAAUUUGGGUGGGUGGGAUGGAAAUGCAAACUUUUUCCUUAAAACAUGGACAGUGAGGAAACAGCAUUCAGGCUUUAACUGUGACCAGAUUUUUCUAGGCCUCUGCUGGCUUCUUCAAGCUCCCAUUUCCCCUUUUUACUGUACCCAGGCUCAAAGCUGCUUUUAUUUUUAUUUUUUUUAAAAAAAAAACAGCAGUCAAUCCGGAAUAAGACUGUAUAAGCUGACCAACCAGUUACCAAGCUGUGCUUAGCAAUGUGAAAUUAGUUUCCCUUGUAAACUCUCCCUUUAGAGAGGGGAUGUCUGUUGCAACUCUGCAUGCUCUGCGCUCAUCAUGUUGUAUCAGAAUUCCAAGUGUCCACAGGCUCAAAAAGGUUGGGAAUUCCUGGGUUUGAGUGUUACACUAGGACUAGAGAACCGUGGACUAGAGUGUUACACUAGGACUAGAGAACCAUGGAUUCAAAUUCCUACUCAGUAGUGAGGUUCACUUUGAAGAAGAAGAGUUUGGAUUUAUAUCUCAUCUUUCUCUCCUGUAAGGAGAUUCAAGGAGGCUUACAAGCUCCUUUUCCCUCCUCUCCCCACAACAGACACCUUCUGAGGCAGGUGGGGCUGAGAGAGUUCCAAAGAACUGUGACUAGCCCAAGGUCACCCAGCAGGAACGUAGAAAACACAUCUGGUUCACUAGAUAAGCCUCUGGUUACAUACACCGUCAGUGUAACCUUCCUCACAGCCAGCGAUGGAUCAGUCAUUUUAUUUGCAGGAAAAAUUUACGAUGGGCCACCACCCUGGUGGAUUGCUGCCACCAGUAGCAAACAGAUCUGAGCACCAGUAGCUUCAGGGACUCCUCAGCCUGGCUUUCUCCAGACCAUGAUAAUAUCCCAGUUUACACCUGCUCACAGCUGUAUGAAGAUACAAUGGAGAGGGGAAGAGUCUUGGGAGGCAGAGCUGUUCUGGGGUCGUGUUUUGUGCAGCAUCUGUGAUUGAAUCAUUCAAACACAGGUGCAGCAGAAUGGCCUGUACUUGCAUUCAGAACUAGAGGAGGGAAUUUCAACCACAACUAGUUUAACCCCUUUUUUGUUGCUGUGGGUGGGUGCAAUAUUGAAGUGUGCCUUCCGUCUUUAUUCAGUUUGUUUAAAAAGUGGACCUGGUCCCUCAGAAUUCUGGGGAAAGAGGGCCUGCUUUAUCAUCAGCCUGCUUUCUCCUAAGGGCAGGGGAGACCUUUGCUUCCAGGUCCCGACUGGGAUGACCCGCCCCACCCUGAACAACAACUCCAAGAAGAAAAGGAACUAGGGUAAGCUUUGAAGUUGCUUGAAUAAUCCCAUGUGCAGAGUGAUAGAUGUUUUGUGCUACAUGCGUGGGUUUGUCUCGUUCAUUUUUAACCAUUGAAAUUGACUUCAGGCUAACCAAAGGUCUCUCCUUCCCCACCACCUUAAUUUUGAUACAUCUGCACUUUCUCUUCUCGCGGCAGGGUCUAAAGUACUCAGCAUCAGUUACAGAUGUUCAAAAAAUGGGUCAGUCAGCCCCUCCCCUCUUUAUGCUGAAGAAACCAUUUAUUCCAAACGAUUUUAAACCUUAUAGUGAAUUUUUUUUCCUAACUUCCCUUCUCACUUUGACAUUUUUCAGAAUAUUAAGCUUUUCCCCCCUUUCCUGAAACAGUGGGGUUUAGGGCCCUGAAUACCCCGGUGCCUUUCCCAAAAAGCUAGGCUGAUACCCAGAGUUUAGCUGAAUCUUGGGACCAAGGCGAAACUUGUGGAGGUAUUACACCUUCCUCUUUAAUAUAUAUAAUGAGGAUCAUGACUUACAGCUGACGGAGGACUCCUCUUUUAAAAAAAUUGAAUAUGGCACUUGGUGCUAUAGAUAGGGUAGAGUGGAUGCUCAAAUGCCGCAGCACCUCUGAACCAGUGAAAAACGUAUACUCUGUAUAGAAAUCUGCUUCUCCAGAGUCUUACCUUUUAAACAGGUUUCUUUCCCUGUGUGGCUGUGGCAUUGUACUUGAAAGUACAGAGCUGAGGUCUUCUAAAAUCUUCAACUCCUCAGAAAUGGCUGAAUGAGAUUUCCUGUGGUUGGGGAUAGAGGCUGAGCACUCAACGUAGCCCUCGCUGUAGGCAGCAAAUCCGGAAUUUAAGUUACAUAUUAAAAACUGCAAAUCCUAUUAUGUAAAUUAUGCAAAAUAACGUAACCUGCAGCAUUUCUACAGAUUGCAGAAUCCCAUUUUUCUUAAUGCAGAAGUUCGAUUGGGUGCAAAACAUGCAGUUGGAGUCUAUUUGCAUUUCUUUGCAUAAGGGGUUGAAAAAUGUUCCUCUAAUUGGGAGGUGGAUUUAGAAAGCAAAGAGAGAAGCCAUCAAAAUAAUCCAAAACUUUACAUUAUCCAGGCAACUUUAUCUUCCCAUUGUUUUAGAAGAAGAAAUCCAAUCCUGAUUUCCCACACUCAUGGACAAAUUGCAGUUUAAUGUUUUAGAGGAUGCUUUCACUCUUCAUUGUAGGAAGUUUUCUGUUGGGUAAUGUCUGUCUGCUUGCCAAAAUGAAUUUGUUGUGCUCUUUGAACAUCGACAGGGACUUCAGUUAACUCUUGCAUUAAGACACAGAGUUCUCUGUUCUUGGGAACACUAAAUGCCUCUCCCAGCUUGUGGAUUUCAUUCUCCGUGUGCACACUAAACAGAAAAGGUUGCACAGCUUCGCUUGGUGUUUGUGAUCAGGAAGUCAGCAUUACAAGAAAGAAACCUCCAGUCUAUAGCAAAAGAUACUUGCUUUGUCAUCAAGGUAAAGAAGAACUCUUCUGGUGGAUUUUUCGGCAAAGCUAUUUGAGUAACGCUUGCGGCUUAGCUUAGUCUUCUGCAGUUCCUUCAUCAGAUGUGACAUUUCCACUGCGGCAGAACAGCGAAGCAUCCCAUUGAGUCUAUGAUGACUUCAACCAUUGAUCUGUGAUGGUUCUUCUCAUCCACCAGGCACACCAGGCUAGAUCUCCACAACAGUGUCCUCUGCCCACAGAUUGAUUUCUUAGCCCUGUCCACACUGGGGUAACAGCUUAGUUCUCCAAGACACCAACUUGCUUGUCAUUUGCUUAGAAGAUGAGAAGUGUGACUUUAAAGAGCAAUCAUUUUCCGGUUGUAUGUGAAGUCCGGUGGCCGCUCUGAAGACUGUCAAGAUGUAGUGAUAAAUCCUUAGUAAUUUUUUAAAACAAAUAUUGGUACCACGUGCUUGUAUAUAUAGGCUUGUGGUUCUGAAACUUUGCUGUAUCAAGAACCACUGUUGUGGGUUGCUUUUUAAGGACCACCAUAUCUUCUUGCCCUGUGGCCUACCAUGUGAAAGGAGAUUUUUAAAGUUCUCAGUUCGGGAGGGAGGGGGGGUGUUGUUGUGUUACUGUUAGUCCAGCAAACUUGUAACUGAGCCGUGCACGCCAGUUUCAAAUCCUUGCAUACAAAAGUAUAGGAUGUAGCAUUGGGUGAGGAACAAAAUUUCCUAAGACAUUUUUUAUAGGUGUAUUUUAAAAGAAGAGCAUUUACUAGCAUGGGUUGUAAAGGGAGGCUUGAGAGUACGCCAGCCAUCACUUGGUGUGAUCUCAAAAGGUGGAUGAAUCAGGGCCCAAGACUUCAGUUCUCUGUAUAUAGCGCCUUUCCUUUGUGAAGCAGAGUAAAUUAUUGCAAGAGUCCAAACAUUGCAAAUUGUGCAAAGCAACGCCUGCUUUGCAUAAUGUAUGCAACCUGUUCAGUUUUGGGGGUGCAGAAUUUUAAUUGCUUUAACAGAUAGUUUACUGUCCAUUCCCUGGGCUCCAUUUCUACUUAAGUGCCUCCUCAAGAGCACUUAAAACUGCCUGUUCCACAUCUAGUCAUUGCUGGGAAAAGCCAUGUUGAAGUUCAACUCCAGUAGAAGACUGCAUGGAUGAGUUGGACCCCAACUGAUCUGUAUCAUCAGGAAAACCCCAAUAUUACUUGCCAAUCUUCCAGAAGAUUCCAUUGUGUAGGGGGGGAGGGAAGAGUCCAUAGAUACUAAUUAAGCAGAACUUGUAAAUUAAGCCUUUGCAUUGUUUACAUGUUUCUUAAUUCAUUGUCUUUUAAAUGGUUGUAUUUUUAAAUGAUGGGAGUUCACUUUUUUUUGUCUCCAAUUAAAAAAAGCUAUUCUAGGCUCUCAAAGAAUGAGCGUCAGUGUUA